AGAGAAGAGUGGGGGCGUGCGCUCCUGCUCUGCCUCUCUCCUUCGUCCGGCCUCUCUUGAGCUUGGCUCUCCCCUGUCACUCAGGGCUUUCUUUGCUAAGGCUGCCAGGCAGCCCUUUGUUGCGGCUGCCAUGAACCGCCUGGGGAGAAAAGACGACGAGACUCUCAUCGAGAUGGCUCAGGCUACCGAUGGAGAAGAAGUCAAUGGACCGUUAUUUGAAAAUAUAUCAAACACAGAUUCAGAACAUCCUGGUAAUUCUGAGGGCCUAAGUACCACUGAGACUACAUUACUCAUCUCUGACCUUCAAGGGAUUGACAAGCGACAUCAAAGCAAAGACUCUAUUUUCUUCAGAGAUGGUAUCCGGCAAAUAGACUUUGUACUGUGUUAUGUAGACGAUCCAAACAAGGAAGGAGAAAAGAAAGUGGAGAGGAGAAGAGAAUUUGAAAACAAUCUAGAAAAGGCAGGUCUGGAACUAGAAACUGAAGACAAAAAGGAAUCUGAAAAUGGCAAAACUUAUUUUGUGAAGAUUCAUGCACCGUGGGAAGUCUUGACUACAUAUGCUGAAGUGCUGAAUAUCAAAGUGCCCAUAAAGGAAAAUGAUAUCACUUGUGCUGUAGACAACCCCCUCGACUGUAUGACUCAGCCAUUCAGGCUACCUGAGAAUGUGAUGCAUCCAGAACCAGACUACUUCACAGCCGCAUUCAGCAAGGAAAGGCAGGAACUCUAUCUCAUUCGUGAUGAACAGACAUUUUUCUCUCCAUCAGUUAGAAACAGAAUUGUUUACUAUAUUUUAUCAAGAUGUCCCUAUGGAACGGAAGAAGGGAAGAAGAAGUUUGGGAUUAAAAGACUGCUAAACAAUGGUACCUACACUGGUGCUUACCCUCUCCAUGAUUGCCAGUACUGGAAGAAGUCAAAUGAUCCAAAGUGUGACAAUGAAAGAUAUACACUAUACACGGAAUGGGCAAGGUUUUUCCAGUUUUACAAAGAACAGCCAUUGGAUCUUAUCAGGAAGUAUUAUGGAGAGAGGAUUGGAAUCUAUUUUGCCUGGCUGGGAUUCUACACUGAGAUGCUGUUCUUUGCAGCUGUAGUUGGCUUUGUCUGUUUUCUAUAUGGUGCAUUCACAAUGAAUGAAAAUAUGAGUAGCCAAGAAAUCUGUGAUACUAAUAUAGGAGGAGAUAUUAUCAUGUGUCCACUAUGUGAUAAAAAAUGUGAUUACUGGAGGCUGAACUCCACUUGUGAAUCUUCACAGUAUUCCCAUUUGUUUGAUAAUGUGGCAACCCUGUUUUUUGCAAUUUUUAUGGGCAUCUGGGUUACACUGUUCUUGGAAUUCUGGAAGCGGCGACAAGCUCGGCUUGAAUAUGAGUGGGACUUAGUUGAUUUUGAGGAGGAACAGCAGCAGCUCCAGCUGAGGCCAGAGUAUGAAGCAAAAUGUACUCAAAAGAGAAAGAAUCCAGUAACUCAGGAAUUAGAAGUAUUUAAGAGGAAGACCAUAAAUGACUAUGGGAAACUGAGUUUGUUGUACUUUGGAAUAUUAUUUUGGAUCUCAUUGAUCAUAGCAAGUAUGAUAGCUGUGAUAGUAUACCGCCUUGCAGUUUAUGCUGCUUUUGCCAGUUUAAUGGAGGAUGCACAAACACCAACUCCUAUUCGCCGUUUACUGACACCACAGCUGGCAACAUCAGUCACUGCAUCAUUCUUGAAUUUUGUUAUCAUCAUGAUCUUGAAUUUCUUGUAUGAGAGGAUAGCCAUCUGGAUCACAGAUAUGGAAAUUCCAAGAACACACCUUGAGUAUGAAAACAGACUGACCAUGAAGAUGUUCCUAUUUCAGUUUGUCAACUACUACUCUUCAUGUUUCUAUGUGGCCUUCUUCAAAGGAAAAUUUGCGGGUUUCCCUGGCUCUUACACAUAUAUGUUUGGUACCUGGAGAAAUGAGGAGUGUGAUCCUGCAGGAUGCUUAAUAGAACUAACAACACAACUUACUAUUAUCAUGGCUGGCAAACAGAUCUGGGGGAAUGUCCAGGAAGCUGUUGUACCCUGGAUCUGGAAUUGGUGGGGCCGUCGGAGAGCCAGAAGCAGCCCAGAGGAUUUCUACAGCCGAUGGGAACAGGAUCAUGAUCUGCAAACCUUUGGAGCCUUGGGCCUGUUCUAUGAAUACCUAGAAAUGGUUAUUCAGUUUGGAUUCAUUACUCUGUUUGUGGCCUCUUUUCCAUUGGCCCCAGUACUUGCUUUGAUGAACAAUAUCUUGGAGAUUCGAGUUGAUUCCUGGAAGCUUACAACACAAUUUAAAAGGCCAGUGGCAGCCAAAGCCCAUAGCAUAGGUAUUUGGCAAGAAAUUCUAAAUGGAAUGGCAAUCUUGUCAGUGGUCACAAAUGCAUUCAUUGUAGCCUUCACAUCUGAUAUGAUCCCUCGGUUAGUUUACUAUUAUGCCUAUUAUACAGAUCCUACUUCACCAAUGUUGGGAUACAUUAACAGCAGUCUCUCCAUAUUCCUAACCUCAGACUUCUCUAACACAAGCAGACCUGAACAUUCUACAGAAUACUUUGAAACUUGCAGGUACAGGGACUAUCGAUAUCCACCAGACCAUGAGAAGAAGUAUGCACACACCAUGCAGUUCUGGCAUAUUCUGGCUGCCAAAAUGGCUUUUAUAAUUAUUAUGGAGCAUGUUGUCUUCAUUGUCAAGUUCUUCAUUGCCUGGAUGAUUCCUGAUGUCCCAUCUGAGGUGAAAGCCAAAAUAAAGCGUGAGAAGUACUUAACACAAAAAAUCUUACAUGAGUAUGAACUCAAUAAGCUCAGACAGAAACUGUGCGAAGGCAGGACCUAUGCCAAUAUGGAAAAGGAAGUCAUUGCUAGUGAAGGAAGAGUGGAGUUAGCAGAAGUCAUGUAACAUGAAGACAUGCUAUAUGCCUUGGGAAUUCUAGCCUGUGAAAUUUGGUUGUUUAUUUUCUGUAAGCUGCUCAGUAGGCCAUGAGAGCUGUUCAGGAUAUUUACUGCUUUAUAUUUUGUCCUUAAAGUCUUACAAAGAUUAGGAGAAAAAAAUGUGGAUCAGCUGUAAAGAAGCCUAACUUGUUGAGUUCCACAGGCUCCCUGCUAUAUAAACUUGGAAGCAAAGUUUGUCUCAUGGUAUUACAAUGUCUCGUCUACUGCCAUAUCUUUCUGAGACAUACUUUUUUGGAACUAGGAUUGUCAUUAAGUGUUUGUAUAAUAAAUAGCCUGAAAAGUU